AUGUCAACCUUCGGCGGUUUACCUCGAUAUGGGCGUCAAAGAUCAAAAACAUCAAAAGACAUCAGCAAAUGUGGUGACAGUAAGAUCGAGCAAAGACAACGACAAGAACGUUGUAAAUCAGUUCAUUCAUUCAUUCCUUCAACAUCGUCUGUAGUCGAAACUGAGUUUCCCCUUUCAUUCAGCGAUUUAAAACUUCUGAAGGACCAAGGUAUUACACUCAAUACAGCUCCCUGCCAUGCUGACUCUACCUCUCAAGAACAGUGUGUCAUUAGUCUCGAUAAACAGUAUUAUAUUGGAUCAGGUAGUUACGGUGUCGUUGUAAAGGCUGCACCCUCCUCCAAAUCACCCUUUCCAAUUGCUGUCAAAGUGUUAAAACCAAAUAAAAAGCUAGAUUUCGUUUCUUUUAAUACCAUUGGACGAUACCAGAAGAUCGAUAUCAAUUCAAUCGGAAAUGGAAAGGAAAAAGCAUUGAGAGAAGCUGUUGCUCUACGUCUACUGACUGAAGCACAAGUGCAAGCAGUACCAAAGUAUGUGACGUACGUUGAAACAACGCAGUACAAAAUCUUAUCCAUGCAAUACCUCACUAACUUCAAAGAACUCUCGAAAACUAUCGAUAAAUUUGGUCCUGCAGAACUCAAUUCUAUUGCCUGUCAAACAGCUUCGAUCGUCUGUAAUAUGGACUCUGUUCAAGUUUACCAUGAUGAUAUGAAUGAACGAAAUAUUCUUGUCGAUCUAUCGACUUUGGAAGUCAAUAUUAUUGAUUUUGGCCAAGCAAAGUUAGGCGCCACGGAACUGAGUCGUCAUCAUUUUACAUCUGGAAGUAAUUUUCUUAAACAGCCCGUGAAUUUCCUGAGUAAAUUGAAACAAUUGAAUGGACAACGUUUCAGUAAACUCUUGGAUGAUAUUCAGUCGAAAGAACGGAAGGAAUUGGGUUCAUUUUGUAAGCAGGUGAAACUGUAUGUUAGUAGUAGUGAAAGUGUGGAAGGAACUUACAAGGAAUUAUUUGAUAAAUAUUGGAAAGUUACAAAGAAAAAUAAUCAAUUUAAAUGUAGUAGUAGUAAUAAAGGUUGA